GGGAUUUUAAACUCUGUUUUCGGUUGUUAUGUUAUUGACAAGAAGGUCUAUGAUGGUUGUUUUCCUGGGCUAAUCCAUCAGUAACAGAAUCACAUACUUUUACUAACAUUUAAACCGCGUGCAGUACGCCCAGUAGCAGUGGAACUGUUUACUAAACCACCUUUCAAAAGACGUAUUUGUUUGAACUGAGAUAGAUCUAGAUUAUCAGAUUCAGGCUUCAACUUCAAAGUUCAAAGGUUCCUUGCUUUGCUCAGAUAGCUUUGGUUGCAGCAGUACAUUGUACGCACAUCUCAGCGUAAAGGAAAAGCAGACAACCUGUGAGGGGAAGAAAGAGUUCUUCAGAAAAUUGUAAGUGAAAUCAGAUGGAGCCGUCGUCCUGUGUGCGGGAGGUUCUACGAUGUGCCAACCAUUUUCAGAGCAACAGUGGACAGUUGACAUAUUUAUUACGUCAACUUGAGGUUUUGCAACAGUAUUCCUCCCGCUCAAGCCAUGUUCGACAGCUUCAGAGCGGAGAUCAGGUGGAACUGGUGGAGUGCCUGACUUUUCUGGUGAAGGUUGUGUGUGAAAGAGAACGCCCUGAGCUGCUGCUCAAAGCAGUGCAGAUUUUGUCAAAUUUGGCUCAUAGUGAAGAGUUGAGGUCACUUCUGUACGAGACAUUCAGUCUAAGUUCUCCACUAGCUGCCGUUGUGGUUGCAUACAGUGGAGUAUCUGAGGAUGAAAUUUUGCCAGAGGCCCUGCAGCUCUUGCAGCGUAUCACUUAUGGCCAUCGUAUUGAUUACCACCAACCCCAUAUGGAUGAGCUCCUGCGAUUCUUGGUCCUUAAUGUGUUAUCUCCAGAUUUAGACAGUCUGGUGCCUCCUGUCUUGGGAACAUUGGCCAACCUUUGUCGAAACAAUGUCCUGGUCCAUUCUGCCAUUAAAGACACAUUUUCUUCAGAUUUACGAAAGCUCUUGAAGAUCCUUUGUGGUUACUUCAGUGAUGACAACCAGACAGUGGUUAUUUCUGCCCUCAGGAUCUUCACCAGCAUUAGUCUUAAUGAGCCUGAGGGACAGAAGGUGUUUUUUGAGAGCAGCAAUGUGGAACAAACUCUUCAGACUGUUUUCAACAUAAUUGUUAACAAAUUUAAAACAGUCACAUGGAAAUACGCUGCAGAUCUCCUCGCAGAUUUGAUGCGCCAGCCACAAAUGCAAAUUUGUAUAAAAAGAUAUCGUCACUUGCCAAAAUGUAUGAAUGAUGUACUUUCCCUUCUUGCUCUGGGUUCUGAGGAUUCUGUGUCAGAGGUGUUUGAACUCUUGCUUCAUUUGUGUGCUGUGCCUUCCAUCAGACAGUCGGUAAACUCGCGACUGUUCUCUGCGCUGACUGAAGGUCAGAUGGAUUCAAAAAGACUGUCAGAGGCUGCAGGCCAAGCUCUGAUGCCGGGCACUGAGCCGUUGUUGAGCUGUGUUCACUGGUCGGCUCACACAGGGAACACCAACAGCAGUGUGGCUCUCCUUGCCUUGGAAUUUCUGUCUGAAUCGUUGCAGGAAUGCACUUGCUCCUCUGAUGCUUCCUAUCCCAUUCAUCUACUUGCACCCGUGUUUGCCAAUUUCCUCUUAAAAGCACAGCUGGCAGACUCUUCAGCCAAGACAGUAAGAGUGGUGAAACUUUUGACAGUGCUGUGUUCAGAUAAAGGAAGCCGAGAGUCUCUAGGUCGUGCUGUUACCUGUGAGAUGUUCAACAAGUUGAUGGACUCCCUGUUGUCUCAGGGAUAUGUCUCCUACGCUGCGGCUACAUCGCCGUUCUCCGGGUCAGACAAGGAGAAAAAAGAUGAGGGCACCCUUGGCAUCCUGCUGACCUUGAACCUAGCAUCAAAGUUGCAGAAGCUGAUCCCUGGUGUUCCACAGUAUUUGACCAAGGUUCUCAAGGAACCACGUGUGCAAGAUUUCCUUGCCCUGGGUUUGACUUCGGGGAGUCAGGAACAGGUUGAGGUGUCUCUUCAGCUGCUGGCGAUGUCUCUGGGAGCAGAGGAGGCUCGGCCGGAGGUUGCCUUGUGUGGCUUUAUAGCCAGUCUGAACCGUCAGAAGAGGGAGCAGAGAAAGGUUGAAGAAGCUAAGACGGAACCCUCGAGCAAAGUGCAGUGCCGGAGAGAUACCGUGCUUCAGAGCAAAGAAAACAGGCCUGGCCCUUUGCUGUCCAGUACGCCUGUACCUCGAUCAGACCGGACGGGGCUCGGGGGUAUGGGGGACAAAUCUGGCGACUCUUCUGUGGAGAUUUUGAUAGAAAGAAUGCAGACUGUGCUUGAGCCUAAAGAUACAAAGACUGCUCAGCUGAUUGAAGUCUUUGAGCACCACAUCAAAUCUCAGCAGGUGAAGGAAGAACAUCUGAACAACCUGCUGGAAGCAAAGACCAUGGCUCUGACGCAGGCAGAUCGAGUCAUUGUUCGUUUACGAAGCAUGGAAGCUGCUCACUUUGCUGAGAUGAACAAACUCCAGGGCAUCUUGAAAGAGUCUGAACGAAAAGUGGAACUUAUGAUAGCUCAGAUGAAUGAAAUGAGAUUGGAGGCAGAGAAACAACAGACACAGUUUGAUAAAGAGUUAGAUGUAAAGAUAGCACAAGAGGAGAAGUUUGCCAAGGAAAUCAAUGAGAUCUCCGACAAGUGUGCUGAAGUUGAGGAGAAGCUGGCUGCUUGUGUGCAAGAAAAGAAAACGCUAUCUAACAUGAAGGAAGACUUGCAGAGAGCUCAUGAGGUCUUGAAAGAGCAGUAUGACAAGUCCUGCACCCAAAGCAAGCAGCUGGAAGAGGAACGAAAGACUCUUAGCAAACAGUUGAAAGAGAAGGAUGCAGCUGUACAGAAACUGAAGAGUAGCUUGCAGACUUUGCAAGAGACUUACAGCACCACGGAGAAAGAGAGGAGUGAACUGGAGAAGGAGAAAGAGGAUAUGGAAACGUAUAUCGACAAACUACGGACGCAGCUCAGCAGUAGUGAAAACUUAUGCCGACAGCUACAGCAAAGGACGAAGACGUUGGAGGGUGUCAACGAAGAGGAAGGAAAGAAAUUGCUCCAAAAAACAGCAAGGAUUGAAGAACUGGAGAAGGAGCUGGAGAAGCACAACCAGAUCGUGUCUUUCAUCCAACACAUGAAUCUGAAAGGGGGAAAGAAGUGAAGUCACAGAGUGUAGUCAUUGAAAUACAAGAAGUGUUGGCUGAUGCUGCAUCAUGUAAUGCUUGAGUCCACCUGUGUGCAAGAAAUGAAACUAUGUCUCCAACUUAUCUUUCUGUUCCUAUGAAGUGCCAGAUUGUUUUAUGCUAAUCUUGGUUUGCUGUUUUUAGUUUUCCUGUAUGUUAUCUCUUGAUGGGUGCUCCGAUAUAGUUUUAAGUGUUUUUCUUGUGUAGCUUCUCUUGUAGCCUUUUUUUUCAUGAUGCCUGUGUCAUUUUAUGACUCCACAAACACCAGUGACUCAACCACUUUGUCUUUUUGUUUGCCUCUCUCGCUGCCCAGUCUGACUUUGUAUGCUUCUCUUUCUUUGCCAUCUGACUUUUUAUACACAUCUUCCUCUCUUUUUCUCCACUGCUUCACUGUGUGAGCCUGUCACAAAUUUCUUUCUUCAAUGUCUGACUUUGUAUGCAUGAAACCCUCUCUUUCUUUGUUCUUUAACUAUCUUUCUCUACGCAGUGGGUGGUUGGCAACUGCUCUUGUAUGGUUUAUUCCUUCUUUCCUACUAUCAAGCAUCUCUCUCUUCUCCUUCUUUUUUGUGUUUGUUACUCCUUUUUAACCCCUCAAAUCUUCGGCACUUUUGUAUGCCUGUCUCUGUCUCUUUCUUCACUGUCUGGCUUUGUGUGCCUACCUCACUCUUUUAUUAUGUGUGUCUGUCUCGCUCUCUUCUCUUCCUUCCCCGUCAAAGUUUGUCUGCUGUUUCAAACUCUCUUUUGUGGGUGGUUGGUUGUAACACCUCUAAUCUUCGGCGCGUAUAUUACAUAAUUACGUUGCAGGUGCCGUAAUACUCUUUACUUAAUAAACAAAAACUGUCUUUUCUUAACUCAACUUUGUAUGCCUGCCUCACUCUCUCCUUGUUGUGGAUUUAGUAUGAUGAUAAUUUGUGAUUUGAAGAUCUGACCGGAAGCACCUGGAAUUUGCCUGCUGAGCAUGGAAUCCGUAACUCUGCAUCAGUUUCAAACAUCAUAUAAUUCAUGCAAAAAGGUAUUGUUCCUCUUUUGUCCUGACUAUAAAACAUUUUCAGACUUUGUCUCCUCAACUUCUUUUUCUUGAGUUUUCCAAGAAAAACUUAUGUUACACAGUGGUCCAAACUUUCUGUCAGCUGAUGUUUGCAGAAAUUUGUUUGAUUGAGAAUUGGCAUUUUGUAUGGAUAAUGAUGGCCCCUCUUUUCCCACUUACUUUUAGUGGAACUUGGGAUGUGGUUAGCAUGUUGGUCUAAACCUGCAAUACUUGAAUAAUAUUGUACAUAUGGGGUAAACACUGAACACAGCACACAUUCGUGUGAUAUUUGUUGAAUAAUGAAAAUUCCUGAUUGCAAGGCUUUUUUUUUCGGUGGUAUAUUUUCUACAAAUAUUUUACAAAAUAAAGAGGAAUUUUCACACACACAGUGAAA